AUCACAUCCUCCACCGUCCUUUGGGGCUGCUGGGAAUUACACUUUAAUAAAAGGCCAACUCCACAAUUCCCAGUCCCAGACAACUUGGUCAUCCUCAUCCAUUCCAGCCUAUUCUAAAAUUUCCUUCAAGUACCAAGUCAGAGAUCCCAGUCUUUCUGUGGCUUUAGCGAAUGGAAACAACAGUGGAGCUAUACAUUCUCUAUAUAUUGAUGAUAUGGGACCCCCACUCUCCACCUAGCUUACUAGCAUUUUUCAGAAGGUGGAGGGCAAGAUGGGACUUUACAUUGCUCCAGAAGUUUAUAAGAUGAAGUAAAAGUCCUGUAACACUACUUUUUGAUGCCAGUCAGAAAUUGCAGCUAUUGUAACAUGUGCUUCUCUAAACCCAACUCAGCUAAAUGAUAUCAUGAGUGAUCGUAUAAAAUCUGAGACAACUAGGAUUUAAUUGCCCCUCUCCAUUCUGUGUUGCAAGUUCCAAAUACUAAGCCAAGCCUUUUCAAACAGGUAUGCUUUUGAACAGGGUGAAGAUGGAAUUUGUAUGAAACAUGGCGUCAUACGAAUAAAAUAUGUGUUGAAAUGAAUAAGCAGCUAAACAGAUCUGGAAGAGGGGCCACCGAAAGCAUAGGCAAGCAUAUGCUUGAAGCAUGCAACAAUAAUCUGGAAAUGGCUGUCACUAUGUUCCUGGAUGGUGGAGGGAUAGCUGAGGAACCCAGCACUAGUUCUGCAAGUGUAUCAAACCUCCGGCCACAUACAGAAGAUGAAGUAAGAGCACCUAUUCCUCAAAAGCAGGAAAUUCUGGUAGAACCUGAGCCAUUAUUUGGAGCUCCAAAAAGACGAAGACCUGCUCGAUCAAUAUUUGAUGGCUUUCGGGAUUUCCAAACAGAAACUAUACGUCAGGAACAAGAAUUGAGGAAUGGAGGAGCAAUAGACAAGAAACUUACCACCCUCGCAGAUCUAUUCAGGCCUCCAAUUGAUCUAAUGCAUAAAGGGAGUUUUGAAACAGCCAAGGAGUGUGGUCAGAUGCAAAAUAAAUGGCUCAUGAUAAACAUACAGAAUGUGCAGGAUUUUGCUUGUCAGUGUCUUAACCGUGACGUUUGGAGCAAUGAAGCUGUGAAAAAUAUUAUCCGGGAACACUUCAUUUUUUGGCAGGUAUAUCAUGACAGCGAAGAAGGGCAAAGAUAUAUACAGUUCUACAAAUUAGCAGACUUCCCUUAUGUGUCUAUUCUGGACCCUAGAACAGGGCAGAAGCUAGUGGAGUGGCAUCAGCUAGAUGUAACCUCUUUUUUGGACCAAGUGACUGGGUUUCUAGGGGAGCAUGGACAACUAGAUGGACAUUCUACCAGUCCUCCUCAGAAACGUACUCGCUCUGAGAGUUUAAUUGAUGCAAGUGAAGACAGCCAGUUGGAAGCUGCCAUCAGAGCAUCUCUACAGGAAACACAUUUUGACUCUGACCAAGCCAAGCAGGAGAACAGAUCAGAUGAAGAAUCUGAAUCAGAGCUUUUCUCUGGGAGUGAAGAAUUUAUUUCAGUUUGCGGUUCUGAUGAUGAUGAGCCAGACAAUUCUUCAAAGUCUAGGAAGUCUCCGCACAAGGACUUGGGAUGUAGGAAAGAAGAAAGCAGAAGGCCCCAGGCGGAGCCCACUGCAAGGACUGAACCUGAGGUGAUAACAAACCACCGAGAACUGUCUUGCAUGGAUUCUGGGGUGCUAACAGAGGCAGAACCUAAACCAGAAGCUGCUGUGAAGGAGUUAAAUGUUAAUGGACCAAAGGCACAGCUAAUGCUAAGGUAUCCAGAUGGGAAAAGGGAACAAAUAUCAUUGCCUGAACAAGCUAAGCUUCUGGCUCUCAUCAAACAUGUGCAGUCAAAAGGAUACCCUAAUGAACGUUUUGAACUCCUCACCAACUUUCCCCGAAGGAAACUUUCCCACCUGGACUAUGAUAUCACAUUACAAGAGGCUGGCCUUUGUCCUCAAGAAACUGUCUUUGUGCAAGAAAGGAAUUAGUUCUCCCUGUGUCGUCUUUGCCUACAGUACUUAACUCAUCAAGUACACAGUUUGGCUCCAUAAGAUCACAGAGCUGAAAUAAGACAGCCAAUUGCUGACUUCUCUCUUUCCCUACAUGUUCCAUUGGCAAGCAAUCCACAGCAGGAUAAGUUGGUUUGGCUUUGAUGUUGGAAGAAGGCACAUGUGCUUCAGUUGUUCAGGGCACACCUGCCUCAACUCAUUAUUGUUUCAAAAUAGGAAGGGCUGUCUGUAUGUCCAGAUGCAGGGACAGUAAACAGCCAAGGCAAGAAAUACUUUUUUCUUUCCCCUCACAACAAAAAUCAAUUUUCAUUAAUAUAUCCUAUUUUUCAAAGUAUCAUGUGACUAGACAGUAAGGGUUUUGUCAGGCAACCUUCUGAGCACAGUAUUGCUGCAAGUAGGAGGUUUUGUUGUACAACUGGCCUUUGUAGCAUCUGGUUUUCAAGGGCACAUGGUGUUUCCUCUGUAUGAUGCCAAGAGGUGCUGAAAAUUGAAUCUGGUGUAGUGUGGAUGCAUACUGCUAGAUUGCUGUGACUGGGUGCCAGCAUACAGGCUUUUUCAAACAAACAGCACAUGCAUAAUUAGCUAUGUGGAGAAAUCCUAAAUCUUGCUUACAUGCCAAGAAAAUGAAAAUAGCUGCAAAUCCAUUGCCUUAUUGCCAUUUGAGAAUGAUCGCAAGCACAGUUCCAAGAAAGGGCACAGAAAUGUUAGAACAGUUCAUGUAGCCAGUAGUGCUGAUGUAACUUAACCCUUUUCCUCUAAUUCCUCUGUGCUUGAUUGAGAAUGGCAGAGUUUCCUUUUUCAUGCUCAGAAGUAAAGCUUUGAGGCUGUGGAAUGUGGCAAGAUACCCAUUAUGAAUAUAAAGCUGAUUAAAUCUUUUCUCUCACAACUAAAGCUGUUUUAGUUGUGCCCUGCAACAUUUGUGGAACUCUGUUGGUCUGUGGUGUAUUUUGUAGGUACUGUGCUAAAGAUUAAAGCACUCCUUUGUGCUUUUUCGUUGGUUAUACAACUCACUGUAACAGCAUAAACAAAGCAAGAUGUUUUGGGGCCCCAAUCUCAGCUUAGGCAGCUAGAGUUUAGGAAAAAAAAUUGCUUGUCAUUGUGUGUUCCAAUUUGGUCACAAAAGAUAUAGUUGAAUGCCAGAUACGAUUUAUGAAAGAGUUUGAUAACAAAUUAUGUUUGGGGCUAAAUUGUGGUGGGAUUAUGAUAUCAUCAUUACAAGCUUCUGAUAAUACAGUUCUUGAGGAAUAAAAGCUUGUAUGGUAUUUUGAAAUGGAAACAUCCUUUUGGGAAUAACAAAUAUGGGCUCAUAUUUUAUAUAUGGAAGAUCAUACUUUGUUGGAAGGUGUUAAACACAUGGAUAUUAUGUUAAAAUUGUAUAUUGCAGUGUGUGAAUUCAUGUUUAGAGUUGGCUAAUGGAACAGGCUGUUGUGUUGUAUAAGACAUCUAGUUUUUGAUGUGAAUAUCAAGACCCUGUGACUCCUUUCUUGGAAACUGAUGCCAGCAAAUCAUUUAUCUAAAGACCAUGGUAGAGGCAAUGCAGAUCAACAGUGUCUGUUUAAACUAAGCUUGCAGCCUAAUGAAUGGGUUGUUAGUAGCAGAAAUUCAACUCUUGGUUCUCUCCUUGACCCAUUUUCCUGUUAUUUCUGCCCUUAUCCUCAAACUUCCUUGACCGUCACCCAGAUUUUCUUUAGAACCUUGUUUCUUGAUCCAUUGUUUGCACCAUAAUCUUACUUCAGCUUUUUGUUAGGAUCUUUAAGAGAAAAUAGAAUCUAGCAUAAUUUCUUGAAGUUACUUUCUUAGUUCUCAGCUCUGUAAAAUUGCCUGAAUUAUGAAUGCCUUUAAUCUUCUGGAUCUGUAUUGGUUUUGGCUUCAGCUGUCCUUAGUUCUUAUGGGAGGACAAGAAGACCAUAUUUUAAGUUGCAAGUUACUUUGAGGAGGUUUGCUGCUUUCAGACUAAUUGAAUUGUGAAUGAGAAAGAGUACUACAUUUGUUAUAGUUCAUGGAGAGCUGUCUUUUCAUGAACAAGUACUUUGUGAGGAAUAGUAACUGCAACAUAUAUAAUCCAUUUUAGAGCAUGGCAAAUGUCAAAGACAUUUUCAGAGUCCCUGAGCUCUAGUAAUGCCCCAUAUUUAACAUUAAUUUAUUUCUACUUCAGCUUAUUUAUAUAUUCCUUUGUUAGGGCAAGGCUGUUGAUACUUCAUGCCCAGCACUGUUUCAUUUGUUUUAAAUUCAUUUCAGAUGUUCUAUACUGCCCUAGCAGUGUAGUUUCCAGGAUUAUAAAACUAAAUAUCAGUAAUAGAUUAUUAGCUGUAAGGUAUGUUUUUUCUCAGAAUUUGAAAUCUAAGAAUUUUCUGGGAAAGGAAUUUUAAUAGCCUACCACUAAGUCAACCAUGAAAAGUUACAUAAACACACACACAUACAGAGGGGUAAACACACAUCAAUCAGAAUUUAAUUUUAAAAAAUAACAAAAUGUUUUGCCUUCUGCCUUCCUCAGUUGUUGAAAAGAAAUUCCCCUUUAUAUAAAAAACCCUUCUUUGUUGGAAAUGCAUUUUUUAAAGUAAUAUAUAUUCACGGGUGCAUGCAUAUGUAUGUAAUUUGAGCCUUUCACACUGUCCUUUUACAGCUAUUCAAGCAGGAAACAGCAGAGGACUAAUUUCCUUAGAAUUCUUGCAACUAAAAUUGCAAGUUGUAUUUAAUAGGAAUUUUGCUGAAGGGUUUUUAAAAGUCUUCUCUUGAAUGUUGUGGAUUCUGAUUUACACCAGUGGCCCCCUGUAGAUGUGAGAGCCCUGGCACCUCUGUCCCAAACUGCAUUUUUGAGGACGCUCCAGACCAAGAGAGAGAGACAGACAGACAGACAGACAGACAGACAGACAAUACUGCAUUCAUUAGUUAUUCAUCCAUUAUGUUAUGGUGAGCUAUAGAAAAUAAGGGAGAUCUGAGUGUCCAGGCUUGAAUGAACUGAAGGUCUUCCACUAAGAUGAAACCAUCACUGGAUUAAAAUGCCCUGCGAACCAGGAUCUAGCCAAAGCUUCCUGCUGAAGAAAAGAGAUGGAGCAGUGCAGCCGUUUUAUUGCCUACCUUAAUCCUUUUCUCCAACAUAAGCGAACUCUACUAGGGCAGGUCUGGAUCCAUCCCACUUUUUCUGACAAAUACUUUGAAAUUUGGUUUGGGAAAUUAGGAAAAGUAUUCAUCUCAAACAGUUGUCAUCAUUUGACAACUUAUUUCAUAUUCAGGUUCUUCCAUAGUACACAAAUGACUUGGAUGGAUUUUGAAUAAGUAAUGCUUCUGGAGAGAUAACAAAACUGACCAGAGGAGACAGGCAAUAAAACUGUUUUAGAAAGCUCUGCUAGAACAAAAUUGCAAAAAUACAGGAGAAAACUCUAUGUUUGCACUCAUAUGUAUGAGCAGACAUGCAUGUUCAUAUUCACUUGUAGAAAUAAACCUGGGGGAUUUUCUCUUGCUUGAUUUUAGGGGCUAGACAAUUCAAUUGCUUUUGGAAAUGGGUGAUAGUUUUCUCUUCACCUUUUUCAACCCAACUGCUCUGGUGAAUUGGAUUUCAAUCAUUUAUUUAAACCUCAUCUCUUUCCUCUUCUAAUUUUAUCCUAUUCUUAGAACAGUUCAGGAGAUUAAUCAACAGCCAAGUGAUACUGGAAGGCUCUGAGGUACUUCCACUACUCCUCCAAGGAGUUGGAGGAGUAGUGACCCUAAGAUCCCUGUAAAAAUUGCAUUGAGAGGAGAAAAGCAGCAUAUUCCCUUUAAAUAAAGAAUCUGACAUAAAUCAUGAUUAAUAGUGGAUUUCAUAAACUUUGUCUUUAAGCAAUUAAUGUUUAAAAAGAAAUAUGCUCUCACAUAAUUUAAGUGAUAUUAUGAAUUAAGGUCUGGUUUUGAAUUGCCAGUAGACUUUAACCAGACUAUUCGCUCCUAUAAUAAUUUCCCCAAUGAACUAUUUAUUUAUCAAGAUGCAGCUUCUGCAAGAUUCUGUGUUGUAAAUCAUGUGUGGAUUCUAAAUUCUUUUACCAGCUCUGUUUUGGUUUUGCUGUUCAUACUUGGGGACUGGACUUGAAAAACUAUGUAGAAAACUUCUGCGUGUUUACCCCGUCUCUGAUACCAAUGUAUGAGCCAUUCCUGACUUUUGACUUUUUUAGGGGGUGUGCAUGGUGCAACACAUGUGAACAAGAAUUAUGAAGCUAGUCAGUCAUUUAUUGGCUAGAGAGUACAUAACCAUGUUGAAAACUGUAGAGAUAACUUUAAUAACCAAGUUCUUUGGUAAGUGUCUAGCACAACUGCAGGAAUCAUUAAAAGGCAAAUUCUAGAAAUAUUUCUAGGAAUGAAAAUGGAAAGACAAGAGCAUAUGGGGACUAAGGUGUUAUGUUACAGUUUAAAUUGAAAGGAAUAUAUUUGAGAUAUUGUUAUAAUCUAGAUUAUGGUACUUUUCAGGGCCUCGAGUUAACAUUAAACAUUGGGUUGUUGUCUUUAAAGCUUUAUAGCUUAUGCUGUAUAAAACUGAUCUGCUACAUUUUCAGUAGAAGCCAUUUAUAAUAAUAGUAAUUCUAAGGUGGGUGGGGGAAGAGAAGAUUUCAGCUUGCUGUGAUGGGAAGGACCAAACUCAAGGCAACCUCUGAUCUAUGUAUACAAGUGCUGCAUUUUUAUAAAUACAUGUAAAUGCCCUUCCUACUGUAAUAUUUUGAUCCUGGAAAUAAAGCAGACCUUUUUACUAA